GACGCGUGCAGAAACCCCAAGCGGAGAAACUAACAUAAAGAAUGGUGCACACCUGGGGACUCCCAAAGGGGCCCCAGGGACAAAUGCAGAGCUGUCUCGCCCAGGGCCCUGCGCAGCCCCGCCGGCACCUGUACAUUCAGCUCCUGCUGACCAUGACCUCACCAAGAUGGCAGAGACCCCGGGACAGCUGCCCCCAGAGCAAGGGGGCCAGGGUGAGACACCAAUUUGGAAAGCUUUCGAAGACUAGAGGCCAUGCAGGAGUCGCCAGGGUCCCCAGGCCUGGCUGUGAUCAGGCUGAUCAGGGCCUCUGGCUUCGGGCCAGGGCCUUCUCUCCUGCUGCGGCGGAGGGCCUCCUUCCUUCUCCGCCGCCCCCUGGUGGUCAGCGCACGUCAUGGCGAGCGAUGGAACGCCCAGUCUCCCAGUGGAGCGCUAGAGGGGACAGUUUGCAUAUUAGCCUUUCAUACACAGAGAGGCGUCUGUAGAAGUGAAGACAUGACCCCUGGGUGCACACAUACUUCUGAGCUGGAUUCUGCCCGGGCAAAGAGCUCUGUUAGAAAAGACAUUCUCUGGGCAUGUGCACCAUUCUUCCGGCUUUCCCCCGAGCUUGCAAUUAUUUUCAAGUAAAAAGUUUUCACAACCAUUUGAAGAGAAAGUACAUGGGUUAGAGGGAAGACAUUAUGAAAAAAAAAAAAAGAUUUUAAGAGCCAAAUGGGUUUGCCUGAGGGUUCCGUGUGGUGGGGCAUGUGCAUUCCUGGGAGGCCUGUACAGGUGAGGGACCGCUCAGGGCCACGGAGGUGCGUGGUGUGUCACUGUGUGGUCCUUAUGUGUCACUGUGGUGCCGCCUGUGGUCACCUGGCGAAGGCGCCAGUGGUUACCUGUUGUGCGGUUCCACACGCAGACUUGCUGGUUUUCCUAAGUCCUUUGAGGAGGUCCUUUGUGCAGAUAAGUUCUGUUUCUGUUCAAACCGCUUUCAAAUACCCACCAAGUUUAGCUUCCGCUGGUGGGUCCUGCCUGUGGCAGUUGUCGGAAUUGGGGGAAAGCGAAAGUGUUAAAGAGAAUGAAACGGGGCAGAGAGGACGUCGUGCUUGCAGCCUUGAGCGCAGCUCCAAUAACCGAGGACGCCGGCAUGGGGGGAACCAGGACAGACAGACCCUUACUCAGCAGAGCGGCCUGCAGCCAGCAGAAAGGAAAGAAAACCUCUCUCCCUGCUCUCCUCGCUGAUGCCUUUCUGGGUCUCAGCCCGCCUGCACCCAGGUGCCGGGAAUAAAAUCUUUCUGGAGACAUCAUGGCGUCAUGUCACAGGUGCGCGACCCCGGGCCACUCCGGACCUUUCAGAAAGUGCACCCAACGGGGCGGGCCCGUGCGCGCGGGAGCACCUGCAGGCCUCGCCCCGGGCUCUCCCACAUCGUCAGGUCGCCCCCCCCCCCCGCCUCCCACUCGGCCGAGAGCCGCUGAGAACUCCCCGCGACCUCCCCGCCCGCGGGUGGACGGCGCCGGGCGCCCGGGAGCCGCGGGGGACCCCGCGCAGCCGGGCGGUCAAUUAUUAACCGGUCGCGCGGCGGCACCAGGAAACCCGAGCCGCGGCGAAAGCGGAGCCGGGUCCGACGGCGGCGGGAGGCGCCGGGCGCGGGAGCUGCGCCGCCCCCUCGCUCCGCCGCCGGCCGCGCCAUGGACGCAGGAGCGGACACCAAAGGGGGUGCUGGCCCGGAGGCCCCUGAGGCCCCCCCGAGACCCGAGCUCCCGCAGCUCCCGCGCCGCCCGCAGCUCCUGGAUGAAGACGGGGGGCCCAGCGAGGAGGCAGCCGAGGACGCCCCGGCCCCCGCCGUGCCCCCGGCCGACUCCCCGGCCGCCGCCGCGGCGCCCCCCGCCCAGGCCCCGGCCGCGGGUGAGGGCGAGGCGAGGCCGGGGCCCAAGGCGGCCGCCGGCGGCAUCCCCAACAUCGGCUUCGUGGGCGAGCCCCCGCCCUACGCGCCGCCCGACCCCAAGGCCGUGCACCUGCUGUACCCGCCCUUCCCGCCCGGCCCGGUCCUCUUCCAGCCCGGCCCCGCGCCCCCCGCCCUGUACCCGCCGCCCGCGCCGCUCUACCCCGCGCCCGCCCCGCCGCCGCUGUUCGCGCCCUUCCCCGUGUACAACAGCCCCCUGGCCGGCGUGCCCGCGCCCGCCACGGUGGAGCACAGGCCGCUGCCCAAGGACUACAUGAUGGAGUCGGUGCUGGUGACCCUCUUCUGCUGCCUGCUCACCGGGCUCCUCGCCAUCGUCUACUCCCACGAGACCCGCUCAGCCCUGAGCCGGGGAGACCUGGCCCAGGCGGAGGAGGCCUCCCGCAAGGCCCGCUCCCUCGUGCUGUUCAGCCUGCUCUUCGGGGUCUUCGUGUCCACCAGCUGGGUCAUCUACGUGCUGGUGGCCCUCUACCUCCCCUGAGGCUGGGGGCUGCUUCGGGGACGUCAGGAUGCCCGGACACCCACCCUGCCGGACUCCUGUGGACUGUGAUCCCUGCUGGGGCCAUCUGUUGCCUACAGAGGGGACCCGGGGGCAGGAGCGGGAGGGAUUGGCGCACUCAGCACACCCGUGGCUGCCUCAGCCCUGAUGGGCAGUGUUCUAAUCUGCAGUGGUCUCAGGGCCCAGGCCUAGCUGAGGAACGGGGGCCCCGGGAGCCCCAUUUCUUUGGUGCCUCCUCCUGAGGUCUUCCUGGGACUGCUGGCCGGGCCUGAGGCCCCUGCCUUCACCUUACCCCCAGGAGACCAUCAGGGGGACCAGAAGUCUGUGUCCUCAGCGCCAUCGGGGGUGGGGGAGGGGCACUGCCCUCCUGGCCUCCUUGCUGGGUUGGUCAGGUCACAGGGCGCAGCUGCGGGUUCGGGUUCCCAUGGGGCUGGUGGGCGUGGCCUCCUCCCUCCGUAGCUCCUGGCUGGUUGGUCAGGGCCCUGCCUCUCACGCUGGCCCGGCUGUGUCCAGAAACCAAAGUCAUGUGUCUGUUUCCUCAUCUGCAAAGUGGGGGCAACAGCUGGGCCCCCACACCUCCCCCUUUGACUCACCAGCAGGGGGCACUGUGACCCACAAUAACUUCCUUGGCUGGUCCAGUCCUGGCCUUCAGAGCGCCUGCUGCUCAAGCGAGUGGGCUUCCCUCCUCCGUCAGGGGCCGCAGCAUGGCCUGCCCUGGACCCCUGGGCGGACCAGGGAGGGGACCCGUGGGUGCUCAGCGCAGUGCCGGGCUCAGGUGCUCUCGGCGGUGAUGGUGGCGGUUCCAUAGGGUCUUCCACAGCCCGAGGGGAGUGGAGGGGAGGGCAGGGCGUGAGGGUCUCACUGUGCGUGGCAGGGCAGCCCGGCACCUCCCACUCAGCAGAUGGGAGGCCGCUCACGGAUGGGCACGCUCCUGCAAGGGCCCAGAGCUUUCACCAGAUUCUCAAGGGGCCUGUGACUCAAGAUGACAAACCAUCUGCACGAGGAGGGAGGCCCCGCUGGGCCAGAGAAGACUGGCAGCUCACGUUCAAUCGCCUGCUUUCUGCACCUCUGGGUGCUGCCUGCAGCCCUGGCUCCUGGCACCGGUGGAGGCAGACGCCUGACUCAGCCCUGGAGAUGCUGGGAGCCUUGGGCCAGGGCGCCGGCGGUGCGCACAGCUGGCUGGGGCUGGGCCAGUCGGCACGCCAGUCACCCUCAUGCAAACGGCCCAGAAGACAAGGAGGAACAGUGCACAGGACUUGCAGAACCCACAGCAACAGCUGUUCCUACUGAACUACGUAAACUCCAAGGAAAGAAGUCCCUGGACCGUGCCCUGCUCUGUGGGUAUGAAGCUCGGGCACCUUGCAGAAGGGCAGGCUCGGAGUCAGGACGUGGGAGCGGAGAGUCCGCAUCUCUGAUGAGCUCCCAGUGAAGCAGAAGCUAAGGAGCCAACUGGAAACAGCACAUUAAAUGGGGAUUAAAACCAUUAAAAACCAUUCUGCAGGAGCACUCCAUGGAGGCCCCUAGUAUCUCUAUUAUUCAACAUUGUGUUAAGGUUCUAGCUAACGUAAAAAACAACAAAGUGAAAUUUGUAGUAUGAAACUUGCAGUCUCUGUCAAAAGACACAACAUGAUUUUCUAGCUGUAAUAUCCAAGAAUCAAAGAAAAAAUUAGAAUAACUGUAAAAUAGUUGGAUACAAAAUGUGAUAGUCAUUAGCAAUAAUCAGUUAAAAUGGAAAAAAUUUUGAAAAAUUCCACUCACAGUAGUGAUAAAACAGUAAAAUCUAGAAAUAACUUUGAUAAGAAUGAUCUGGGCCCAAGUGAGGAAAAUGAUUUUUAAUUAUAUAUAUAACUUUAUAUA